AAUCGAAUUAACGACGCAGCGCAUCUCCCGACUUCUGCGGACGAUAGCGACGACAAAACACCCAGCGAGCCCACCCAGAACACCGCCAACAUGUCCGAAUCACAGGGUCACCGUCUUUACGUCAAGGGCAAGCACCUUUCGUACCAGAGGGGCAAGCGCACCACCAACCCAAACACAUCGCUCAUCAAGGUUGAGGGCGUCGACGACCCAAAGGCCGCAUCUUUCUACCUGGGCAAGCGCAUCGCAUACGUCUACCGCGCCAAGAAGGAGGUUAGAGGAUCUAAGAUCCGUGUCAUCUGGGGCAAGGUCACGCGGACACACGGCAACUCCGGUGUGGUGAGGGCACAAUUCAGACACAACCUGCCAUCCAAGUCGUUCGGCGCCAUGGUUCGCAUCAUGCUUUACCCGUCCUCGAUAUAGAUACGACCAGCCGCAACGACUACCCUGCGAUGGAACCACACGACAUGCAUUCGGGAGCGCAAACGGCGACGGGGGGUCACUUUUGGGCGGCAGUGCAAGGCAGCAAGAGGACGCGAGUAGGACUAUGGGUGUCUGAGAGCGGGCCAUCUUUGCUGCCGCAAGGGCGAUGGCGUAGAAAGGAAACUUGUCAGGCUGUCAGAUAUACGGCUUUGUUUCUGAGUCAUGGAAAUGCAUAAGACACUAAAACCCAAAAGGACAUCAUGCUCACGAUGACAAUGUGCAAAGACAUUCCACAAAGCUUCGAGUUCAU